CAGUCUGUUGAUAUGGCUUUUACUCGACGGACUUUUUAACUUAUGAAUUUAUCUAUUUCGCUCGAUAAAGAGCAACAUCCGUUGUGCUGAUGAAUUGUAUUUCUAGGUGUAGAAGAAGACAUUAUAGUUUCUCCUAUGCAGAAAGCGAUGCGGACCAGGUCGAGUUCACCUCCGAUUCAUGUGCACGUCAAUGACAACACACCAGUGCACGUGCACGUGAAGAGCCGAAGAGAGAGUCCCGGCAGGACGCCUCAGGGGAAGAAAAAUGUUGCCAAGGGAACCCUUCGUCCAACAGCUUCCGUCAAAACCCGAGUGCCUUGGAUCCCUCCAGGAAAAACCUCCGUAAGGGAGGCUUCAUACAAGUGGGAGGGGCCGACGCAUUUCGUCGAGAUCACGCCACCGCUCUCAAAACCAGAACAUGAACAUUGUCCAUCUGCGCUGCGGUUGGCUGACCUCACAUCAGAAGAAGAGGAGGACAUGCAAGGAAGAAUCGGCCAGUAUGAAAAGAAGAUUGAGAGCUUACUGACUGAAAUUGGCACUCUGAAAAAUGAGGUGGAACUGCGAAAGAAGGAGCAGCUCCUUGAGCGUCAGACCGAGCAGCUGAGCAUCUCCCAACGAGUGAUUGCCGAUCAGGAGGAGGAGCUGGCCGAGGUGGCCAAGGAGCUGGAGGAGACGGAGAGGGAGAACGCGCAAUUACGCCAGUCCAUGGAAAAGAUGCUGGAGAACAGCAGUAACGAAGCACACAGGGACAGUGUGCAGCAGGACAAGGAUGCUCUUCUCAGGAAGCUGAUGGAAGCUGAGAUGGACGGAGCUGCAGCUGCUCAGCAGGUCUCCGCUCUGCGGGAAUGUGUUUCCCAAUUGAGCGGUGCUGGAAGAAGCCUGCCUGGCUCUGCGUCCUCCGCGUUGGCCCAUCAGAAGGAACUGUUGGUGCAGAAAUUAGAGACUUUUGAGGCCUCGAACCGAACGCUGCGGCGCCUUCUUAGAGAACAGCAUGAAAUCCAGAUGGAUUCAAUCCAGCAGUCGCAGCAGAAAAGUGCUUUGCUCAGGAGGCUCGCUGACACGGAAGCACAAAACGCUGACAACGCCAAGAGCUCCGCUGAUUUGUCCAACACUCUGGAGUCAACGAGAGCUCAUCUGCAGGGACAGUUACGCAGCAAAGAAGCCGAGAACAACCGUCUCACUGUGCAGAUAAGGAACCUGGAGCGAGCAGCCAACCAGCAGAAGGCCGAGCUGAAGCACCUGAACGAGAAUCUGGCCAGAGUGAAGCAGCAGGCGUCUGCCGACCGAGAAGCUCAGAAACGAGCCUCGCGAGCUCAUAAGCAGCAAGCCGAGCUGAGCAGGGGAACCGCAGACCACCUGAGCGCUCAACUGGUGGACAUGGAAAAGCAGGUAGCAGAUGCUCUGUUAGCAGCAGAGAUGUGGCAGAGUCGGCAUGCGGAGGAAUCCAAGGAGAAGAGUAGACUGGAGGUUGAGCUGUCGUUGUUGAACAGCCGUAUAACAGACCUGAGCGAGCAGCUGCAAAGCAUAGGAGAUAAAGGCCGAGCGGAGAGAGAAGGGCUGCUGGAUCACCUGCACGGACUGACAACGGAGAGCUCUGCUGCCAAACUGGAGAACCAGUCUCUCAAGGCCUCAGCAUCUGCAGCGGAGGAGAAGCUGGUGUUGUCCCAGUCUGAGCUGCAGCAGGUUAAAGCCUCCAUCAGACAGUACGAGAGCCUGCUGGACAGCUACAAAUUGCAGGUUGUGAAAACGCGAGCCGAGGCGGACGAGUACUGCGUACGGCUCGCUCAGGCCGACCGGGAUGCCCAGUCGGUGCGAGAAGAGCUCGAGCAGGGGAUCGAGCAAGUCCGCAAGGAGCUCCUGGGGCGGCUGGCGGAGCUGGAGCCGCUACCGGACGCCCUGCAGCGUUCCCAGCUGCAGCUGCAGGAGGCUCAGGACGAGCAGCGAAGCCAGGAGAGACGGAGCGCGGAGCUCAACACAACCAUGACGGAGCUCCGGAUGAAGCUGGAGACCGCGGGCGGCACCAUGGAGCAUUUAAGACAGAGGAACAGGUCUCUGCUGGAGGAGAACCGGCAGCUUCAGCAGCGAGUUGAGACUUUGGAGAGAAAGCUAGAGGAGGUCAGCACUCAGAACGGUGACCUUCAAGAGGUCGUUGCCAAGCGGGAAAAGGCCGUGCACAACAAUCAGCGAGUUCUGGAGGAAAAAACAAGAGAAUGCUCCCUGCUGAACCGGAAGCUGGAGGAGGCUCUCGAUGACGCUCGCCAGCAGAUGUCAGAGUCUCGAGAACGAGCCACUGCCAAAGAACGCUCCACUCAGUCCCAGAUCCUGGAGCUCGAGACCAAACUAAGCCGGACUACCUCGGACAUCAGCCAACUGAGACGCAACAAGGACGAGGUGGAGAGGCGGUACCAGAGCCGGAUGCAGGACAUGAAGGAUCGCUUGGAGCAGUCGGACAGCACCAACCGGAGCUUGCAGAACUACGUCCAGUUUCUCAAGUCGUCGUACAGCAGUGUGUUUGGUGAGGGGCUCCUGGGCAGCUCGCUGCGGGCCCCCUCACCCAUCUGACACAUCAGCAUCCGUUCGCUUACUUUCAACCAAGUGGCCGAUGAGUAUGAAUAUUUUUGGACUGCUUGUAAGUGAAAAUGAAACACUUGAUCAAAAGGUGUGCGUCUUGUAUUUUACUUUUGUUUAAAAAAAG